AAUCAUAAUUGUUUUAUGACGUGUCAAUUACGAUAUUUUCACAAAAUAAAAUUGAAAGAAAAUCUCAACUCAUUGGGUAUUGUUUCUUUAUCCUCUCAUCUCAUCUCUGGCCGACAAAUAAAACAAAAAAACACACACCUAAUCAUAGGUUUCUCCAUCUAUUGUCUGCAGGAUGAUGCAAUUUCUCCAAAUUAUUUCGUAAUUUUGUUGUUUUUUUUCUUCGGUUAGACGUUUCCCCUCCUCGGUAGUUAUACCAAACACAAUCUGUUGUUCUCCCUCUUCUACCAAAAUAUUCAACUGAUUCUCAAAUAAAAUUCAAAUGUUUUGUCCUUUAUUUUCUUAAAGAUUCUCGUUCAGGGCAUGUAGUGGAAUCUUUCGGACAAAAGCUGUUUGAAUGUCCCAGUUCUUUUCUGAACAUCUAUCGUGUUCUCGUUGUCUCGGGUCUAGUUUAGAAAUGUCUCUCGGCCAAGCAAAUGUCAAUCCUAUCGAAGUUUCUUCUGGGUCGCAUGCUUGUUUAUAUGACCUUUUAUGUUCAGAGACACCAAGAGGGAUUCUUCAAAAGGAUUUUCAGACAUCAACUUCUGAUCCUCGAGAUCGGUUGGAGAAGUUGUUGAAGCAAUCUGGUAAUAAGUAUUGUGCUGACUGUGGAUCUCCUGAACCUAAAUGGGUAUCGUUAAGUCUUGGUGUAUUUAUCUGCAUUAAGUGUUCUGGAGUACACAGAAGCCUUGGAGUUCAUAUAUCAAAAGUUUUUUCAAUUAAGCUAGAUGAGUGGACAGAUGAGCAAGUUGAUAUGCUUGUAGGGUACGGUGGAAACACUGCAGUGAACCAGAGAUUCGAAGCUUGCAACAUGGACCAGUUAAAGAAACCAAAACCAAAUUCUAAUAAUGAGGAACGCAAUGAUUUCAUCAGGAAGAAAUAUGAGCUGCACCAGUUUAUGGAUCCACAAGAUAGUGCUUUGUGCACUUAUGAGCAGCCUACCAUAAUAAAUAAUUCACUACCGUCUUUAUGUUCUGCUAGUGCUAGCCACCGGUCUGCAAAAAACCGUAUUGGUCAAGCAUUUAGGAAUAGCUGGGGAAGAAGAGAAUCGGAUCACAAAUGCCCCAAGAAGAGCAAUUCUAUGGCAGGUAUGGUUGAGUUUGUCGGAUUGAUUAGAGUUAAUGUGGUUAAAGGAACAAACCUAGCGGUUCGAGAUGUAAUGACCAGCGAUCCUUACGUUAUCCUUUCUCUUGGACAACAAUCGGUGAAAACAAGAGUGAUAAAGAACAACUUGAAUCCUGUGUGGAAUGAGACCUUGAUGCUUUCCAUACCUGAGCAGAUGCCUCCUCUCAAAGUGCUAGUGUACGACAAGGAUACAUUCACGACAGACGAUUUCAUGGGGGAGGCAGAGAUAGACAUACAACCAUUGGUGAGUGCAGCAAUAGCUUACGAGACAUCUAGCAUAAAAGAACCGAUGCAGCUGGGGAGUUGGGUGGCGAGCAAAGAGAACACAUUGGUGAGUGAUGGGAUAAUCUCACAGGACGAAGGAAAAGUGAAACAAGACAUAUCCCUCAGGCUUCAAAAAGUGGAGAGAGGUGUUCUUGAGAUACAACUUGAAUGUCUUCCUCUCACUCAAUGAUUGAUAACACUCUUUUGUCUCCCUCUUUUAUGUUGUUUUGAUUAGAGAUGCUACUUUCUUGUUGAUCCACCUCAAACCCUAUGUAAAAAAAAGCCAUAACUUGAUUGAUGAUUCUUCAGAACCAAUAUCCAAAUAUUGCGAAAAACGAUCAAGAGUUUCAA